GUGUUGCCUUUGGGUCAAUUUUUGUUAAUCACAGCGUUAACCGAGAAACACGCCGUUCAUACCAAGCCAACCAUCACUACCUUACUGUGUACUACCAAAGCUUGCUGAUACCUGUGGAUAUUAAGGUCAAGUACCUUACCUCCGGGUAACGGGUUCAAGCAGUGGGGCCCAUCCGUUACUGGAGUGGGUCGCAGGCUUAUUCCGUCCGUAUUGCAGUUACUGCGAAAUGUUUCCGUAGCAUCUCGUCUGAUUCAUGAAGACUCACCCCCGCUGUUUGCUCUUACGCACUGCAGUCAACCGAGCGUCCCGGCCCCUGUGCUCAAGCAUAAUGGCGCUUCACCCAGCCCAAGACGGCGCCAAGCUGAUCUUUGCCCCCGCUGGCUCAUCCCGCUCCCUUGAGAUCCCAACCGGCCCCGGGCAAGCAGAGCAGUUCCUGAAAACGGAGCACCGCGGCGGUCUGAAGCGGAGUGACUUGAACCCGGACGAACCCAUCGCCCAGUUCCACGACUGGUUCCGCGAGGCGUCCCAGCCCGGGACCGGGGUGCUGCACCCGGAGACAUGCACCCUGUCCACGGCGCAACUGCCAUCUGGCCGCGUGUCAGCGCGCAUGGUGUACUUGAAGGAGCUCGAUGCGAAGGGCUUCGUCAUCUACAGCAAUUUCGGCACCAGCGGGAAGGCGAGGGAUCUGUUUGGGACCGCCGACGGGUCGAGUACGGGGAACCGCUGGGCGUCGUUGGUCUUUUGGUGGGAGCCGCUGGAGAGACAAGUCCGUGUAGAGGGGAGGGCUGAAAGGCUCUUGGCGGCGGAGAGCCAGGCGUACUAUGACACGAGGGUAAGAGGCAGCCGGAUCGGGGCGUGGUCGAGUCGGCAGAGCGCUGUGCUGCAGCCGGAUCCCAAUGUGGAGGGCGACGACGGCCGUGCCAAGCUGGACAAGUGGGUUAAGGAGACAGAAGAGAAAUUCGAGGGUGUCGAGAAGAUCCCAGUGCCAGAGUUCUGGGGCGGCCUGAGAAUCGUGCCGGAGCGAGUCGAGUUCUGGCAGGGGCGGCAGAACCGGUUACACGACCGAUUUGUCUAUGACCGUGUCCGGGGCGAAGAUGGCCAGGACAAGUGGACGUUAGAGAGAUUAAGUCCGUGAAUAGGUGCCGAGCUCGAGGGUAAACUUCAACACCAUCAUCAAAUUUGGGCAACGCUUGGCGGAACCAGCUGGCCAUAUGACUUCAGACUGGGAAUAGUGAGUUCCAUUCAAUCGUUGAAAGCGACUUGUUUCUGCCCUCGCUGCUUCUCAUUCCCCAAGAAUUUCAGGAAACCGCAGUGGUUUUCAGCAUAACAAACUUUCUGCAAGCGGGCAUCACAGUCUCUGAAACGC